CGAAAAUUUAGGAAGUUGUAAAAACUUUCAAAAUGAUAUUUUCUGAGAUUUUCGGCUUCAUUGCGGCCAAUCCAGCAUUUGUUGCUGCUGUAACAGUUCUGGUAAUUUUCGUGAGUGUCUUGUCCAUAUUUCUGGGUGGUUCUAAGCCAGGAUCAAAUCCAUUUUAUUCCAAAUAUUUGAGAAAGUCAGAGCCAUUGGUUACAGACUUGAAAGCAAGGGACAAGGUUCUCAAACAAGGAUUUGUUACAAAAAAGCUGACUGAGGCCUAUGAUGCUAUAGUAAUAGGUAGUGGUAUAGGAGGUCUCACCACAGCGUCAUUACUCUCCAGUGCAGGCAAGAAAGUUCUUGUCUUAGAACAACAUGACCAAGCUGGAGGCUGCUGCCACACCUUCAUUGAUAAGGGCUUUGAGUUUGAUGUUGGUAUCCAUUAUAUUGGAGAGAUGCGGUCCGAAACUCUUACUAAGACCUUAAUUACACAUAUGACUGAUGGCCAGCUACAAUGGGUCGACCUGGAAGACUGCUAUGAUAUUGUGGCAUUAGGAGAUGCUGCUAAAGCCAGGAAAUACCCCAUCAUGUCUGGAAGAGAGAACUUCAAGAAAGCUCUGAUUGAACACUUUCCAAAUGAACAGAAGGCCAUUGAGGCAUAUGUCCAAAAGUUAAGGAGUAUGCGAGGUGCAACCUAUGGUGCCAUAGGAACUAAAGUUCUCCCUAAAUGGAUCGUGAAGUUACUGAUUGCCACAGGCCUUGUCAACAUGAUGACAACAUGGUUCACAGAAUCUAAAAUAAGUCUCCAAGACUACCUGGACUCUCUGACUACUAAUGAUGAGUUGAAGGCUGUCCUGGCCUACCCAUUUGGAGACUAUGGAACAAUCCCAAAGGAGACCACAUUCGCAAUGCACGCAAUGUUGAUUAACCACUUCCUGUACGGAGUAUCUUACCCUAAGGGAGGCGCCAGUGAGAUUGCAUUCCAUAUGAUUCCUACAAUAGAGCGUAAUGGAGGCAAGGUCCUUGUGAGAGCCCCUGUCUCAAAGAUUCUCACAGAUUCUGAAGGAAAGGCUACAGGUGUUCGAGUACAUAGGAGUAGUGGAGACGUAGAUAUCCCUGCACCAAUUAUCAUAUCUGGUGUUGGGGUGAUCAACACAUUACACAAACUACUGCCCAGGGAGGUGGCCACCAAUUCAAGCCUGUACAAGUAUGUAGGUCAGGGUAACAGACUACAGAGUGGGAUGGGAUGUAUGUCACUCUUUGUUGGUUUGAAUGGUACUAAAGAUGAACUUGAUCUCAAGGCACAGAACACAUGGGCCUACUGCGACGUUGAUGUGAAUAAGGCUUGUGAAGAGUUCUUCAAAUGCAGUGCCCAGGAUGCUGUCAACUCUGAAAUACCACUGCUCUUCAUAUCUUUCCCAUCCACCAAGGACCCCACAUGGGAUGAGAGGUACCCAGGUAAAUCCACAUGUGUUGUUAUAACUCUUGCACGCUGGGAGUGGUUUGAGGAAUGGAAGGAUACGAAGAUAAACCAUCGUGGUGAAGACUAUGACUCUGUAAAGGGAGCUAUUGCCAGACGUAUGUGGGAGCAGACAUGUGCACUAUACCCCCAGGUUGCUGAUAAGGUUGAGUACUUUGACUGUGGGAGUCCACUAAGCAACAAUUACUACCUGGGGUCCACCAGGGGUGAAAUCUAUGGCCUGGACCACAACAGAUCCCGCUUCCAGCCUGAUGUCUACAUGCAUCUGAGGCCUGAGACUGAGAUUCCUGGACUAUACCUAACAGGUCAGGAUAUAUUCAGUUGUGGGUUUGCUGGAGGGAUGUAUGGUGGACUUCUCUGUGCAUCCAAGGUCCUCAACAGGAACCUUAUGGAUGACCUGCUGAAGUACAAGAAGCAACUUGCCAAGUAGAUACCAUGACACUUGGGUCUCGGCUAUUACUAAAUGUUUGACACAUUUGUAUAUAGCAAGGUAUGUGGAAUGUGGACCUUCUGUGCCAUUUGCCAACUUAAUGGGCUUACACUGAAUGACAUAUAACUAUAAAUUCUUGGUCAUCAAAUGGAUUAUAGGCAUCAAUGCAACAGUAUUUCAUAUGAAUAGUGAAAUGGAAAAAAUAAUGUGUUAACAUACACAUUGACUGGAAAUUAAUGAGAAAAAGUAUGAGGAGGACUGAGAAUUGACAGAACUCAUUCAACAGAAAAUUUGAUUGCGAUACAUGCACUCUUCAUUUGUAAGUACACGAUGGACUUUAAUUUUUAUAUUAAUAUGUUAGUGCGUGGAAUGGACUCUUGUCAUCCUACAAUGCUUGAAGACUUAUAUAUUCAGAUAUUAUAUUAUAUUCUUU